CUGUGUUUCGAUUUUGUUAUCACUUGAUCGUGUUUAAACAGCCCUAAAAGUUAAGAAUGGUAAAUCUAGGACCUAGGUCUGUCAUUUGUAUUUUGAGAAUUGUUCAUAAAUUAUAAUGAUUCUAAAGUGUCAUUUUGUAGUUUUGGCCUUUUAGUGCUGUUUGUACGUUGUUAUUAGUGAAAUACGGUGUAUUUUUAACUGUGCUUUGAUAUACAUUUAAAACUGCUGUCAAUACACUCAAUAGAAUUGUAUUAUUUCGAAAUCUAUUUUAAUUUACUAAUUAAGUAUGAAUGACAAAUUAGAAAAUGAAGAAUCUAUUGUAUUGAAAUUUGUUCAAGAUUUUUUCGUAAGCUACGACAUAAAUCGUCAUAUCCUCCACACAUUUUUUCCAGAAGAUGGUACAUUCAUUGUGCUUGGCAACCGUAUGUCUGGCCAUUCAGCCAUUCAACAAGCUAUGUUAACAAUGGCUACAACAACUCACCAACUAUUCAGUAUUGAUAUUGUAAGUCUUAACAUGCCACUGCCAGAACAAGUAUCUAUGUAUCAAGUACUAUGCGCUGGUAAUGUUGAGUUUGGAGGUGAUGCACAAAUACAUGGAUUUACUGCUACUCUUUUAGUAUAUUUUUUGAGGCCCAAUGUUUUGAAUGUCGUAUCAUUUAAUGAACGAUGCCAGUGGCCUAAAUUGUCUUAAUAGUUAAUAAACAAUUUUAUAAAAUACCAAAAAA